AUGUCCAUCCCCGCGGCGCCCCUGGAGCUCGCCUUCGGCCCCGUCGACGGCCUGCUCCGCACGGUCUUGGUGGUGGACGUCGACGUCGCGCGCGGCGACGCGGACGAGCCCGAGUUCGCGACGGUCGGCGCCGCGACGGUGCCGCUCUACGGCGCCGUCGCCGCGGGCCUGCCCGUCUUCGAGGUCGAUGCGCCCAUCGUCGCGCCGGCGCCCGCCGAGGAGGACGCGGAGCCCGCGCCGUCGCCGGGGGUCUUGAAAGCGCGCUUCGCUUUGGACGAGGAGCUCACGGACUACCUCGACGGCGCGCGCGUGCUCCGCGUCGCUACGGCGGUCCUCACGAAGCCGCCGCCGGGCGCCUGGUGCCCCGCGCCGAAGAGCGCCGAGGAGCUCGAGGCCGCGGGCGACGAGCCGGAGCCCGAGGACCUGUCGCCCUUCGCGUUCGACCUCCGCGUCGUCGGCGACGGCGCGGCGCCGCCGCUGCCGGGCGACCUCGACCUCGGGGCCGCGCGCCUCGCCUUCGUCGACGAGACGCCGCCGCCGCCGGAGGAGACCGAGGACGGCGGCGAGGCCCCGGAGCCCGGUGACGGCGGCGACGACGCGUCCGCGGCGGCGGCGUCGGCCGCGCCGUCGGACCCGCCCGCCGGGGAGGACGCGGAGCCCGCCGAGGAGCCGCCGCCGCCCUUCGUCGGGUACCGCGCGGCCUGGAGCGACGCGGCGCCGUCGCUCUUCCUGCCGCGGGAGACGUGCGUCGCGCUCGCGGCCGCCGCGGCGGCCGGCGAGCCCGAGCUCGUCUUCGAGAUCGCGCGAAAAGUCCCGCCGCCGCCGCCGGACCCGGAGGCCGAGGUCGACCCGGAGGCCCCGGCGCCCGAGCCGACCGUGGAGACGGCGACGGUGACGCUCGACGCGAAGGGCUUCUGGGGCGGCGCUUCCAAUCUCGACGCGUCCGGCGCCGUCGUCGCGCCGCCGCCGCCCGCGCCGGACCUGCCCGACGCCGAGGAGUCCGCUGGGGAGAGCCUGGCCCAGACGUCGUUGGAGGACCCCGGCGAGACCGGCGAGCCGCCCGCGGAGGCCGCGGACGGCGCCGAGGACGCGGAGCCGGAGCCCGAACCCGAGCCCGCGAAGCACCUCAGCGAAUUGCUCGACGACCACGGCACGGAGCUCGCCCUCGGCCUGACGCUCUCGAAGCCCCUCGUGGCGCCCGUCGACCCAUCCUCAAAACCGACCUACGAGGGCCUCGUCCCGAAGACCAAAAUCGCGUCGCUCUGCGGCACCGCGGGCCCGCGCGACUUCAAGGUCGAGUUCAAGGACGAGAUCGACGACGUCGUCACGACGCUCAGCGAGGAGAUGGCAAAGAUCAUCAUCUCCAAGGACCCGACGGGCAAAGCGCCCGUCGAGGACUUCGACGAGCGCCAGUGGCUCUACGGUUUGAACACGGGCACGCUCGAGCCCGCGGACGUCGGCGGCAAGAUUCUCGGGCCCUACCACGCCUUCAAGGAGCGGCUCAAGCCCUGCAUCCAGCGCGUCGUGCGCAAGUACUUCCCCGACGCGCCGACGACGCCCCACCGCGACUGCGACGACUGGCGCGAGCUCGGCGAGUACGACCGUUUUUUGAACGCGGUCUACGCGGAGCUCGUCACGAACGUCAUCGAGGUCACGAACAAGCGGUUCCGCGACGCCGAGUCGAACCAGGAGCCGGAGUCGAAGCCGUCGCCCUUCGUCGAGGAGCACGACGACGACGACGACAAGGCCGUCGUCAAGUGCAAGGUCUUCGUGGAGAAGGUGCUGAUGAAGUGCGAGGAUUUCGAGGGCCAGGGCGACGUCGCGCGCGCGGCCGCGCACUUCGCCGAGGCCUUUGAGCACAUCAAGCAGCAGAUCGGCCUCUUCCCCGCCGAGGCCAAGGGGCUCGCCUUCGUCCUGGGCAACUGCUACCGCGCCGCGGGGCUCGCCGCGGGCCGGUGUUUGGGCCGGCGCCUCGACGGCGCCGCGCUCGGUCCCGUGCUCGCGCACCUCAAGGAGGCGCUGGCCCUCGACUGCGCCCACGACGGCGCCCUGGCGGUCUACGGCGCGGCGUUGUUGGAGGCCGGCGACGCGAAGGGCGCGCGCUGCGUGCUGGAAGAAGCUUUGGACCCGUCCGCGGAGUCCCUGAAAGAGGGCGCCGCGGACGCGGCCGUGCUCACGACGACGCUCCUCGCCGUCGUCGACGUCGCCGACGGCGACCUCCCCAAGGCGCGGCGCACGCUCGAGAAAGCGGCCCGGGCGAACAACACGCCGGGCCAGGACGGCGCGCGGGGCCGCGCGUACGUCGGCCUCGCGGCCGCGACGUGGCUCCACGGCUUCGGGCUCACGGCCUGCGCGACCAAGGCUUUGGAUUUGGCCCUCGCGGGCGAAGCGCGCGCGUCGGCGCUCGCGCGCGUCGCCGGCCCGCUCCGCGACAGCUUCACGCCGCCCGAGCUCCGCGCGGAGCUCGACGCGGAGCGCGCGUUCCUCCUGCUCGCCGCGGGGGAGCUGGGCCCGGCGGAGGUCGUCGCGACGAAGGCGACCUACGCGGCGCCGGACCUGGGCCGCGCCUGGCUCGCGCUGGGCCUCGUCCACGACGCCGCGCGGCGGACGGCGGACGCCGCGGGCACUUUAGCCCGCGCGCUCGCGCUGCUCAACGCGCCGGAGUCGCCGGAGCCGGCGCCGCUCUGGCUCUUCUGCCGCGUCUGCGAUCUGGCCAUCCUGCAGGGCGACCUGGACCUGGCCAAGGACGUGGCGAUCAUCGCGUGCCAGCGGGGGAAGAACGCGGUGCCGUGGAUCAUGGCCGCGCGCGCGUUCAUCCUCUUGGGGGAGCACGCGGAGGCCGAGGCGGCGCUCACGGAGGCGAACAUCCGGAACCCGGACAGCGCCGAGACCUGGGGCUACCUCGUCCUCGCGAACCUGGGCCAGUACGUCCUCGGCGACUCGAAACGGAUCGACCAGGCCGCGAGUUGCCUCGACCAGGCGAAGAACCUCUUCCUCGACGACGGCAACAUAUUGACGGACGUCGGCGUCGCCUUCGCCGAGGUCGACCGCCUCACGGUGGCGGCGGAGGUCCUCGCGGCGGCGGCCGCGCUGCCCUACGGCGACUUCACGAAGCACGCGAAACUGGCCCUCGCGCGCGUCCUCGCGAAGCAGAACAAGGUCGUCGAGGCGACGGACGAGUACGCGAGCCUGCUGGGCACGGCCACGGGCGACGAGGCCGCCAUCCUCAAGGCCGAGCUCGCGCCCCUCCUCGCGGACGCCUGGCAGACCAAGACGUUCCGCUGCGUCGAGCGCACGGGCGAUUUCAAGCAGUUCCUCAACGACGCGGGGCUGCCCCGUAUCCUCGGCGAGAUCGUCGAGCGCCUGAGCGGCGUCGGCGCGACCAUGACCAUGGGCAUCCACGACAACAUGUUCUACCGCACGGAGCACGGCCUGCUCAAGGACAAGGUGAACCUGCCCGUGCCGCUCGACGGCUCCGAGGUCUCGGACCGCAACGCGCUCGGCCACGCGAUCACGAAGCGCGGGUCGCUCGUGGGCGGCGCCGUCGAGGUGCGCAGCGUCACCACGUGCAACGGCAAGGGCAACAACGGCAUGGCGAGGUACGAGAUCGUCGGCGACGAGCUGCUCGUCACCGUGGCGAACUUGGACACGGGCGCGGCGUUCCGGUUGCGCAUGGAGCGCGUCGACGAGGCGCCGUCGCCCUGCAUGAGUCGAUGGUCGCCGCUGCUGCUGCUGCUCCUGGGUGGCAGCGUCGGCGACGAGGCGGGCAUCGACGUCGUCAUCGAGGCCACGGCCGCGGACGUCUACUACGCCCUGCCCUACGCGCUCUUCGCGCUGCGGCGGCGCGGCCGCGGCUUCGUCGGGUCCAUCACCGUCAGCUACGCCGCGGCGGAGCGCAGGGACUUCGCCAAGCUGGAGAAGGUCUUCCCCGCUUCGCCGGGCAACGGGACGCGGCGCGACGUCGUCUUCACGUCCGCCGGCGCGCCCGGCGGCGCGCGGCUCGCGGCGGACGCCGUCGCGUUCCGCCGCGUCGACGCGGCGAGCUGGGCCGCGAGGAACGGCACGUUCCUCCGCGCGCCCGACGACGACGGGACGGGCGCCCUGCGCGCCGCGCUGCGCUGCGUGGCCCUCGAGGACGUGGACUUUGGCGACGCGGCCAGAGCGCUGCGGCGCUGCGGCGACGUCGCGCGGCGCGAGCGCCGCGCGGCGGCCGCGCGGCGCGGCCUCUGCCUCGACGGGCGGCUCGCGCCGGAGCACUUCGUCAUCGGCGCCCAGAAGGCGGGCACGACGACCUUCGCGUCCGCGCUCGCGGCGCAGCCGUCGAUCGUGCUGCCCGAGGGCGCGUCCGCGGGCGCCCGGAAGGAGCCGCACGUCUUCGACGGGCCCGUGCUCCGCGAGGAGUGGCUGCGGCGCUACCCCGCCUGCGAACGGAAGGCCGGCGCGGCGGACGUCGCGGCCGCCGUCGCGGCCGCCCGGGCCCGCGGCGGCCUCGCGACCGUCGAGCUCCGUUCGGGCGCCGCCGCGCGGCGCGUGGGCCUCGACGCGACGCCCGUGCUCUACGUGGACGCCGCGCCGAAGAUCGUGGCGCAGUACGGCGCUCUGGCGCCGCGGCUCUCGUUCACGGUCCUGCUCCGGGACCCCGUCGGGCGCACGGCGUCCGCGUUCCACAACUGGGUCCGCGCGGGGUGGCGCCGGGAGAAGUCCAAGGCGGACCGCGUGGAGACGCUGGAGCAGUACGUGGCCUACCUCGCGAAGCGCGGCGGCCGCGACCCGUUCUCGCACGUCUGGGGGCCUUUCGCGGGGUCCAAGUACGCGGACCACCUGCGCGCGUGGUUCGCCGCGCUCGCGCCGUCCCAGUUCGCCGUCGUGCCCUUCCGCUACCUCGACGACGACCCGCCCCGGCGCGCGCUCUUUCCCUGGACGAGAAAGCGGACGGAGCGGGCUCCGCCGCCGCCGCUCGCGCCGCGCGACGCGGCCAACGAGUCGGCGCUCGACUUCACGCUGCGGCGCCUCGGGCUGCCGCUCCCGGAGACCCGGGCCGUCGACUGCAUCGCCCUGAACCGCCGCCGCGCGCUCGACGGCGCCGCGGGCCGCGCGCUCGGGCCCUGCAACGCGCGCGCGCGCGCGCCGGAGGACGACGCGCUGUCGCCGGCGUCGGCCGCGGCCCUCGCGAAGCUCGUCGCGACCCACGUCUCGCCGCUCAAGGUCGCCCGGGUCCUCGCCGGCGCGCCGGGGGAGGAGCCGCCGCGGCUCUUCGCGUUCCGCGGAGACGCGAAGGACCCCGCCGCCGUCGCCGACUGGCUCGCGCGGAGCUGGUGA